CUAAGUCUAUAUAAGGGACCAAGCUCCGUACUGUCUGUAUCAUCACUCUUCUUCUUCUUACAUACAAAAACAGACAGAGAGAGAAUGGCGAGUUGCAGAGUGCCGGAUGUGGUUCCUUCUCCAGUGGAAGACGCUGAGCAGCUCAGGAAAGCUUUUGCAGGAUGGGGCACAAAUGAGGGAUUGAUCAUAUCCAUACUGACUCACAGGAAUGCAGCUCAGAGAAAAUUAAUUCAGCAGGCAUAUGCCGAAACCUAUGGGGAAGAUCUUCUCAAGUCGUUUGACAAAGAACUCUCAAGUGAUUUUGAGAGGGCUGUGGUGCUGUGGACUCUGGCUCCUGCUGAGAGAGAUGCAUUUUUGGCUAAUGAAUCUACGAAGUUGUUGACUAAAAACUAUUGGAUACUCUUGGAAAUAGCUACAACUAGGUCUUCACAUGACCUGUACCAGGUAAAGGUGGCGUAUCAUGCCCGUUACAAGAAAUCCCUUGAAGAAGAUGUUGCAUAUCACACAUCUGGAGAUGUCCGCAAGCUUUUGGUUCCCCUUUUGAGCACUUUCCGAUAUGAGGGAGAUGAGAUUAACGUGCCCUUGUCAAAGAAAGAAGCUAAGAUACUUCAUGAGAAAAUCUCAGACAAAGCCUACAAUGAUGAGGAGCUCAUCAGGAUCCUCACUACCAGGAGCAAAGCACAGCUGAAUGCAACCCUCAAUCAGUACAACAACGAGUUUGGAAACGCCAUUAACAAGGAUUUGAAGGCUGACAAAGAUGAUGAGUUCCUCAAACUACUAAGACAAACAAUCAAAAGCUUGACCUUCCCUGAGAAAUACUUUGAGAAGGUUCUUCGACUGGCCAUCAACAAGCAUGGGACAGACGAAGGGGCGCUUACUAGAGUUAUUACCACCCGGGCAGAGGUUGACUUGCAGCGCAUCAAAGAAGAAUACUACCGGAGGAACAGCGUUCAUUUGGACCACGCAAUUGUCAAGGACACUUCCGGAGACUAUGAGAAGUUUCUUGUGGAACUGGUUGGACAUGCAGAUGCUUGAGUAAUGCUGCUGAUCCCAUAAGGGUUACAAACCCAGUGAAUGUUAUUCUCUAUGAGUUAUCUUUCUUUGCUUGAGUGUGGUUUUUAUUUAUUUAUUUUCUCUGGUUUUGUGUGGAGUUUGUUGAAUAAAUCUUGCUAGUACGUUGAAAGUAAGGAUUGUGGAUGGAUUUUUGUUGUGUAUGUUCUUGUUUUUGGCUAAACGAGUUUUUAUUUAUUUAA